GCGGUGUUGUGUAAACAGGAUUGGCACUCGGGGCGGGGCGUGGGGCUCGGAAUUGGUCCCCGUGGGGACCUGAGGAGAAUUGAUGGAGUCAGCCGGGAAAGAGGGACCCGCCGGGGCCCCUGGGGACCGGGCCUCGAAGAAAGACAAAGAGAGAUCCAAGAGGCAAAGCCGCCGGCGAUGGCGAAAAAUCAAGGCCAAAGCCUUGCAGCUCAUACACAACAUGGACUUACGCACGAUGACACAGUCGCUGGUGACUCUGGCGGAGGACAACAUGGCCUUCUUCUCCAGCCAGGGCCCCGGGGAAACGGCACGGCGGCUGUCAAGUGUCUUUGCAGGUGUUCGGGAGCAGGCGCUGGGGCUGGAGCCAGCCCUGGGCCGCCUGCUGGGCGUGGCACACCUCUUUGACCUGGAUGCAGAAACACCGGCCAAUGGGUACCGCAGCCUGGUGCACACAGCCCGCUGCUGCAUGGCGCACCUGCUGCACAAAUCACGCUACGUGGCCUCCAACCGCCGCAGCAUCUUCUUCCGUACCAGCCACAACCUGGCUGAGCUCGAGGCCUACCUGGCCGCCCUCACCCAGCUCCGAGCUCUGACCUACUACGCCCAGCGCCUGCUGGCCACCAACCGGCCAGGGGGACUCUUCUUCGAGGGCGACGAAGGACUCACCACAGACUUCCUGCGCGAGUAUGUCACCCUGCACAAGGGCUGUUUCUACGGCCGCUGCCUGGGCUUCCAGUUCACGCCCGCCAUCAGGCCAUUCCUGCAGACCCUCUCCAUCGGGCUGGUGUCCUUUGGGGAGCACUACAAACGCAACGAAACCGGCCUCAGUGUGGCCGCCAGCUCCCUCUUCACCGGUGGCCGCUUUGCUAUCGACCCAGAGCUGCGUGGGGCUGAGUUUGAGCGCAUCACUCAGAACCUGGACGUGCAUUUCUGGAAAGCCUUUUGGAAUAUCACCGAGAUCGAGGUGCUAUCGUCUCUAGCAAACAUGGCAUCAGCCACCGUGAGGGUAAGCCGCCUGCUCAGCCUGCCACCGGAGGCCUUUGAAAUGCCACUGACCACUGACCCCAAACGUACAGUUACCAUCCCACCCCCCUUGGCCCACAUGGGCCCUGCACCAGUCCUCGUCAGGCUCAUCUCCUAUGACCUUCGUGAAGGACAGGACAGUGAGGAGCUCAGCAGCCUGGUGAAGUCUGAGGGUCCUCGGACCCUGGAGCUUUGGCCACGCCCACAGCAGGCACCCCGCUCUCGGUACCUGGUUGUGCAUAUCCACGGUGGUGGCUUUGUGGCCCAGACUUCCAAGUCCCACGAGCCCUACCUCAAGACCUGGGCCCAGGAGCUGGGCGUCCCCAUCCUCUCCAUCGACUACUCCCUGGCCCCAGAGGCCCCCUUCCCCCGCGCGCUGGAGGAGUGCUUCUACGCCUACUGCUGGGCCAUCAAGAACUGCGCGCUGCUCGGCUCAACAGGCGAGCGGAUAUGCCUCGCAGGGGACAGUGCAGGCGGGAACCUCUGCUUCACCGUCUCCCUUCGGGCAGCAGCCUACGGGGUGCGGGUGCCAGACGGCAUCAUGGCAGCCUAUCCAGCCACAAUGCUGCAGCCCACCGCCUCUCCCUCCCGCCUUCUGAGCCUCAUGGACCCCCUGCUGCCCCUCAGCGUGCUUUCCAAGUGUGUCAGUGCCUAUGCUGGUGGGGAGACAGAGGAGCCCUCCAACUCAGACCAGAAGGCACUGGGCAUGAUGGGGCUGGUUCAGCGGGACACAGCCCUGCUCUUCCGGGACCUCCGCCUGGGAGCUUCCUCGUGGCUCAACUCCUUCCUGGAGCUGAGUGGGCGCAAGACGCCCCGAGACUCAGUGCCCAUAGCAGAGUCUAUGCGGCGCAGUGUGUCUGAAGCAGCGCUGGACCAGCCUGAGGACCCACAGGGCACGGACUCCCUCAAGAACCUGACACUGCAUGACCUGAGUCUCAAGAGCAGCUCUGAAACAUCAGGCACCUCUGAGCUGUCCCUGUCUGCGGAGACACUUGGUCCUUCCAAGUCCUCAGACGUCAACUUCUUACUCCGGUGUGAGGACACAUCAGAGGAGGCUGAGGCCCAAGAUGAGCUGAGCCCUGAGGACAGAGGCCGGGGAAUUCGUGCCACUUUCCCUAAGGGCUUCCGCCCGAGGCGCUCCAGCCAAGGCCCCACUCAGAUGCCCAUCUACUCAUCGCCCAUCGCCAAGAACCCCUUCAUGUCACCGCUGCUGGCACCUGAGAGCAUGCUGCAGACCCUACCGCCUGUACACAUCGUGGCAUGUGCGCUGGACCCCAUGCUGGACGACUCCGUCAUGUUCGCGCGGCGGCUGCGCAGCCUGGGCAAGCCCGUGACGCUGCGCGUGGUGGAGGACCUGCCGCACGGCUUCCUGAGCCUGGCGGCGCUGUGCCGGGAGACGCGGCAGGCCGCCGCGCUGUGUGUGGAGCGCAUCCGCCUGGUCCUCACUCCGCCCGGCACCACCGCGCCCGCCGCACCGGUCUGAGCCUGGGACCAGCCGGGCCGCGCGGUCCGGGGGGGCGGGAGCGGGGGCGGCACUAAAGGCCUCUUGUUCCCACCUGCCUCGGCAGCCUUAGUGAAUACUGUACCGCAUCCGCCCCGAGGGGCCGCGGGCGGGGUGGGCUGUGCCUUAAGUCGGACGGUGCGGGAGGGCCGGGAGGAAGGGGCGCACGCAGACCAGUCACAGCCGGACCUGCACUCCACCACGGCCUUCCAGCGGUGCUGGGGCGGGGCCUGGCCCUACCUGCGGGUGGGUUUGUUUUUGUUUGUAAAUAAAAGUACUUAAUUGG